AUGUUCUUCAUCGUCGUCAUCACCUUCAUAGCCAUCACCGUCCUCCUCCUCAUCUUCCACAUCAUCCGCAAGCUCUGCCAGGACCCCGUGCCCCCCCCCGCCUACAGGUGCCCGCAGGGCCCCGCACCCGCCCCGCCCUACAGAGACCCCCAGGGCUCCGUGCCCCCCGCGCUGACCCUGGUGCCCACGCUGCCCAUUCUGCCCAGCGCCGCCAUCCCCGUGGGGCUGGAGCCCCCACCCUACAGCGAGGUGACAGCCAAGCCCUUCCUGUACCCCCUGCCCGGGGGGCCGUGCCCCGAAUGUGGCCACAACCCCGCAGCUCAGCCCCGCUUCCCCACCCGGACCUAGAGGUGACCCCCUCCAAGGACAGCUGGUGACAACGCUCCCCUUCACUCGGGGGGACAUGGACCCUUCGGGACCACUCGGAUGGCCUGGGCUCGUGGCCCCCCAUUUCCACAAGCCGUCCCACUGAGAAUUCCCCUAUUUAUUAUAUUUAAA